CUGUGACCCGCCUGCACCAUCCCCCUCCGGCUCUCUGUCGUUUCGCUCACCCUCGUGUGCCCUAUAUAUUCCCGGUAUCACUCCCGCCGUUCAUGUCGCCCUCGCCCUCGGUCCUGGAUGAAAAUGCCAUGUUGGGCCUCGCCUCCUGCCCUCGUCGACGUCCGAUCGCUCGGCCGCCCAAAGUCCCCGCAAAUCCUUCCUGUGCCAUGACCCGCGAGUAUCUGACGCUUCAGUCGCUCAACGACGACUGCUUGCUCCACAUCCUCAAGUUUGUCGGAGGCACCAAGCUGGUGUCGCUGGCCAGACUCUCUCGCCAGUUUCGUGCGCUCGUCAACCAUCCCGACCUCUGGCGCCAUAUCAGAGUCAGCGGCUCCGUGCCCGUCGCCAUCGCCUUCAUGAACCAUGCCCUUCUGCCUCGUGCAUCAGCCAUCCGAUCGCUCUCGUUCGAAAAGAUCACCUUUGUGUCAUACACGCUGAUUCCGGGAUAUGAGAUCGAAAACACCUUCCACACCAUGUUCUACCAGGCGGUCGAGGGCCUGUUGCAAAAGUGCGGCAGCCAGCUCAACGAGCUCGUGGUCGCUGAAAACGGCGAUACUGUCUUUGCGGACUCGCACUUUUUCUUCUCAAGCUUCGCCCAGCACUCGCACAGCCUCCGCAAGAUUUCGCUGCUGAGCACCAAAAAUAGCGCCUAUGUCGACGACGGAACGCUGAUGCUUUUGACGUCGUCGUGCGGCGGCGUGCAGCACUAUCGUGAUCUCCAGGGCGACGGACCCAGCAUCAAGACCAUGUCUCUGAUUCUUGACGGGUGGCCGUCGCUCGAGAGCCUCGAGGUCAACACCAACACCCGCCACUGCCAAGAGUUUGCCGCCCAUGUUGCCCAGUUUUCGGAUCGCCUGCACCAUCUGCGUAUCUCGCACUUCGACGACUCUCUGAUGUACAACGAGGGCGGCUGGCGCUACUCCUCGAUCCGCCAGUCGAUGAACUCGACCCGUGCGACCGAGCUCCUCGCCUAUCCGCUCGGCCCGACUGGCCUGGAGGCGGUCUGCAUCGGCCUCUCGAACCUGAUAUCCCUGGAGUCUCUGACCAUCGACCUGCGCACGACCAAGCACGCGGACGGUCUCUACGUCGAUCACAUCGAGUCGCUCCUCCUGGCGGCCCCUCGCAUCAAGUCGUUCACGUACAUGGUCUCGUACAGCACAUACUACAAGUCCGAUGGCUCUCUGGGGCGGGCAGAUUUUGACCCGCGGUCGCUUCGGAAGACCCCAGACAGCACCUGGGUGACCAACCAGUAUCAGAAUCGCAUCGUGACCGGCUGCCCCAGUCACCGCCGCGGAGGAGCCCUGGCGCUUGUCCGGAUCCUGGAUAGGAUUCGGGUGGCUGUGGAGUGCCGCGGCAUCAAGGCGGUGCUGUCGUGGUCGGUCUGAGCUACUGGAGCCGCAA